AUGAAUUGCAAUAAUAGCAUCUAUCAACCGCAACACACUAUACUACCAAAAAAACCGCAUAACACGAAGAACAUCACCAGUUUAGCAAAAUCACCAAAAAACUCGCACAACGAUCACAACUUGCAGGAAAGUGUGUGGAAGAAGUUUAUAAAGUACGUUGGGCCAGGUUUUCUUGUGUCCGUAGCCUACUUGGAUCCUGCCAACUUGGAAACAGAUUUAGAGGCAGGUGCAAAGUACCAGUUUGAGCUCGUUUGGGUCAUUCUUUUGGCCUGCAGUUUUGCAUUGGCUAUUCAGUCUAGAGCAGCCAAUUUGGGAGUAGCCACAGGCAAGCACCUUGCAGAACACUGCAGAACAGAAUACCCUAGAAAACUAAAUUACAUACUGUGGGUGCUAGCAGAAGUGGCAGUGAUUGCAUCCGACAUACCUGAAGUAAUUGGAACAGCUUUUGCACUAUAUCUACUGUUUCAUAUACCAAUAUGGGCUGGAGUUCUUAUAACAGGGCUGAGUACUCUCCUCCUCCUUGGAUUGCAGAGAUAUGGAAUCAGGAAAUUGGAGUCUGUUAUAACAGUUCUGAUAUUUGCAAUGGCUGCCUGCUUCUUUGGGGAGCUUGGAAAUGCAAAGCCAGACUCCAUAGGAGUGUUGAAAGGGAUGUUUGUUCCUCUGUUAAAAGGAAAUGGUGCAACUGGUCUUGCAAUCUCUCUCUUUGGUGCCCUUGUUAUGCCGCACAACUUGUUUCUCCAUUCAGCCUUGGUUCUUUCAAGGAAAAUACCCACUUCUGUUUCAGGAAUCAAUACAGCAUGCAAAUAUUUUUUCAUAGAGAGCGCCUUUGCUCUAUUUGUGGCCUUCCUGAUCAACGUGGCAAUACUGGCUGUGAGUGGAUCAAUUUGCUUCAUGCCAAAUAUAUCUUGGGAAGAUGCACAGAAAUGUAAGGACAUGAACCUCCAAAAUGCCCCUUUUCUUUUAAAGAAUGUAUUAGGGAAAUGGAGUUCUAAAAUAUUUGCAGUGGCGUUGCUUGCAUCGGGGCAAAGUUCAACUAUCACUGGAACUUACGCAGCUCAGUAUGUGAUGCAGGGUUUUCUGAAGAUGCAUCUGACAGCAUGGAAACAGAAUAUGAUAACACGGAGCAUCGCAAUUGUUCCAAGUCUUGCAGUGGCUAUCAUUAGUGGCAGCUCUGGCGCAGGACAACUAAUUAUCAUUUGUUCGAUGAUCUUAUCAUUUGAGCUGCCAUUUGCUUUGAUUCCUUUGUUGAAGUUCACUAGCAGUGAUAUAAAGAUGGGCCCUCAUAAGAAUUCGAUUAUUGUUACAAUUUUUGCUUGGAUUGUUGGAACAGCACUCAUAGCCAUAAACAUGUAUUACCUUAGUGUGGGAUUCUUAGCUUCACUAAUUCACAACAAUCUACCAAAAGUGGCAUCAAUAUUCAUACAAUUACUGGUUUUCCCACUUAUGUUAGCAUAUGUGGUUGGAAUUAUGUUCUUGGUUAUCCGAAGAAACAAAGAAACUACAUAUAUAGAACCAGCAGAGCAUAAAAAGAGGGGUAAAAAUUUAUUGAAAUCCAAAGAGAACAAUGCAACAAAAGGGACAACAAAAAAUGCAAAGAGGUCUAAUGAGCUUUAUCCUGAGAAAUAA